UCGGCCAGGAGAGCUUCUCCGCUGAUCGACGCCGUAAUCGUAGCGAGCAUUAAGCAUGGCCUCUACGCAGGUAUCACAUGGAUCCAGUGUUACUAGCAGUGCGGCGAAUAAUAACAAUAACAACAACAACACCCCCAGCAGCUCUUCUUACGCCAACGUGCUGUUGAAUUUGAAGGAACAGGGCAAAGAUUCUUCAAACCAGACUGACAAUAACAAGGAAAACAUAGGCAGUGAGAGAGCAAGCGGCGGUCAGAACAGCGGUAAAGGCAAACCAGUAGCCGGGCCACCGGGAGCGAAAGAAGCUAUGAUGCUUGGAUCUGCGACGACGACCACGUCAACCGCUACCACUGUCACAGGUGCUUCAUCCACUGGGCCACCAACCUCUUCCACGGUGGACGGCGUAAAAGAUGCACUCAACAACGAGCUUGAUUCAAAAAGUACACUCGAGGAACUGGAAGAUGAUGCCAACUUCGUUCCAGUCGUGUCGCACCACAAGCGCGAUCGUAAGGCAAAGGCGGCAGCGGCAGCCGCCGCUGCUGCUGCUGCUGCUGCUGGUUCCGCUGCCAGUACAUCGAGCAUGAAAUCUGCCGGUGAAAAAACUUCCGGAGCUGGAGCUGCUAGAGGGUCUGGUAGACGCUCUGCGGCUCCAGGGACGCAGACGCACAGCAAGCAAAGCAAAGCGACAAACGAACGUGGGCAGGAUGAGAAGGGGUCAUAUAGGAAAGAUUACGGAAAAAGGAAAUCGAGCGAUCGCAGCCGUAUCCAUACCGUCGGGGAAAGUUUGAAGGACGAAAAGGUACACGAAUCAACGGUGGAGGGUGCCGUUGGUAGUGGCGCUGGUGGUGCUGGUGCUGGAUCUUCUACUAGCAAACAGCAACAACAAACUGUUGCCGCCGGUAGUGGUUCAUCGUCCGGCACAACCGGAACACCAUCCGACGAAGAGGAUCGUGGAAAAGAAGAUGGCAAGAAGUUUGUUGAAGCGCCACUUCCGAAGGUGAACGCAUGGAAGGUCACCCCGUCCGUAGAACCGGCACCGAUUCCAUUGAAUGAAACACGUGUUCAGGGCAAAUCAAAUUCCAGCACGGUGCGUGGAGCAGCGUCAGCAACACCUUCAAGCUCGACGGCCACAGCAAAUGCUGCCGUGGCCACAACCAGCACUGCUACAGCUGGAGAAAAAACGGAGGUUGUAAGUGUAGCUGGAACGAAUGAAAAACGCGUUGCACAGACCAAACAGCCAACCAAAACUCAAGGAAAUGGCAACAACAAAGCAACGUCCAAUGAUCCAAACGGCAGCAAACCGAUAGCUUCGUCUGGAGGGAAGUCCGAUAAAAAACGCAAUAACGCAAAGGCUGCCGAUUUCACUGCGAACAGCGGCGAUUGGCCCACAUUAGGCGAAAAGAAGGUAACAACUGCUGAAGGUUCUAAGAAAGCAGCAUCAGGUGAAACGGUAUUAGAAAAACAUAACGCUGGAGCAAAGGUACCGGGUACAGGAACAUCAUUAUCAUCAUCGACAGCCGCUGGUGGUACGCAGCAAAAAUCAACUGAACCACCUUCUACUGCCUCUUCAACUCAAUCUCCAAAAAAGCAACAAUCCUUAGAUAUCGCCGUUUCGGAUAGUGUUUCAAGUUCUGCAAAGAACCCUUCGACGAACGUCGGUAAAGAUAAUUCUACCAAAACCGCAGAAGUGAUUCCGUCUCGUUCCACUGCCAAGUCUCAGAAUCAGCACGUUUCGAAAUCGUCCGGAGAAGAUGGUUCAAAUGGUGCUGGAGGUAAGAAAAUGGCAAACAGUGCUGUUGCGCCUCAAUCCCAACCGGCAUCGUCAAGUACUGACGCAAAGUCGCAACAUGACGCUGCUGGAACUGCGGACCCCAAUACUACCUUAGAGCAAGUGACAAGCACUUCACAAAGUCGGCCACAUAGCCGAGGACGAGGAGCGGCAACUGAUACGGAAGCUAAUGGAGCGAAUUCAACAGCCAACAACAACAAUAAUACCCGCAAAGGCCCAAAGCCGAAAUGGGUUCCGUUAGAUAUUGAACUGCCAAAAACAAGGGAAAGACGAGCGCGUGCGCCCCGGCAUAGACGGUAUGACGACUACGAUGAGGGAAACUGGCAACAGCAGGAUUCAUCUGGACAGCAAUCGGCUCAAACACAACACACUAACCAGCAACAGCAGCAGCAACAACAAUCACAGCAGCAACAGCCUCAUCAGUCUCAGCAGUCUCAGCCGCAGCAGCAGCAACAACAACAGCAACACCGUGGGAAUGCUGUUUCGGGUCGUAUAAGCAGAGGGCGAAGUUCGCGAGGAGGAGGUGGCCCACCCGCCUAUCGUGGAGGAAGAGGAAGUGGGCGCAUAUCUGCCGGACGUGGUGGUGUAGGUUUCGGAUAUCGAAGAGGAGCUCCCGUACGGUCGGGAGGGAAUCGCCACAUGAAUGAUAGGAAUAUAUCUGCUGCAGUAGCUGCCAUUGUCGAGAAUGGUGUCGGCGUGAUUCCAGCAGGACAGGAUUUCCAAGACUUCACUGCGAUGAACAAGAUCGGUUCUGACCAGGCGGCGUUCAUCAUGCCUUAUUUGAGCACGUUCUAUUACAAUGGUGCACCAUUGAUAGGAAUGGAUCAGCUGAGCAUUAAGGAGUGUAUCAAGAAACAAAUUGAAUAUUACUUCAGCGAAGAAAAUUUAAACCGUGAUUUCUAUCUGCGACGGAAAAUGGACCCCGAAGGAUUUCUUCCGGUGACAUUAAUUGCUUCGUUUCACCGAGUGCAAGCACUAACCGACGAUAUUGACAUGAUAAUCGAAUCAAUCAAGGAUUCGGAAAAGAUAGAACUGAUCGAAGAUUAUAAGGUGCGCACGCGAGAGAAUCCUACGAAGUGGCCAAUCGGUCGUUCAGCAACGAUCGUCAAUGGGGCGAUGAGCUUUAGCACGACUUUAAACGAGCAACAGCAGCAGCACCAAGCUAUGCAUCCUCAUACUAUAACGGGAGAACAAAAACCAGCCGCAGAAGAGCAACCGCAGCAGCAACAGCCUACCAGCGUUGUUGCAGGGGCAUCGACAUCGGUUUCCGUCGCUGGCGAUAGUUCCGAUGUUGCUGCCAUGCCGCAGUUGCAGGUUGCUUCGAAAAUUCUUUCUAGUAUUCCACCACCGCCUAGAAAUAUUCGCAAUCCCGUAAGUAAAACAAGCAAAGUUGUGCCGAUACUGAUACCGUCAGUAAAUGUGGCACCGAUGGUGAAACCUUGCUCCGUUAAGGAGGUGGCAUCGAGAGCAGCCAAUGCAGCAACAGCAGCAGCUUCGAGCAGUAAUGUACCAAAUCCUGCUGUCCCGUCCGCUGAAAGUGGCAAAGUGGCAGAGGAAAACUUAAAUCCAGACGUGCCGGAAUUCAUACCGGGCAUCGAUAAGCCACAGGGAAACAAAGCAAGUGAGAAAAAGCAAACAAUCCCACCCACUAGCCAGGGUGGUAAAAAGGCUGCCAAUAAGGCAGGAUCUGGUCAAGUCAGGAGCGAAGAAGCUAAGGAAAGCGAAAGCGUUACAAGCGAAGAUAAACCAGUGGACGGCGACCGCAAAUCACAACCCGAGGAAGAAAACAACGAACAGCAACAACAACAACCAGAAGCCACCUUGUGGAAGGAAGUGAAGAGAAGAUCUCGGUCGAGUCAAUCUCACACCCAGCAAUCAUCAUCGGCUCAAGUCCAGCAACCCCAAAAGCAAUCGCAACAGACAAAAAACAGUAGCGCUACCAGCAGUGUUAGUGGGCCUUUGUCUAAUGACAUUGCUGGUAGCAAGAGAGCUGGCUCGGUGGAACAGCUUACAAAACAAUCUUCCCCGCAAGUGAUGUCCCAUGUAGGAAACGCAUCGCAACAAUUGACUCAGGACAAUGUCAGCAAUGCUGCUGCGUCAAACGUGUUAGCGUCAACAGUAGCGAGUGGUUCCGCUACAGAGGAACGUGAAGAACUGGACUUUCAGUUCGACGAAGAGUUGGACAUCCCCCGAACCUGUGGUGGUCGUGUGAACCACUUUACGGACAACUGGUCCGAAGACGACGAUGAGUCGGAUUACGAAAUACCCGACAACGAAAUCAAUAAGCUACUGAUCGUAACACAAGUUACCCAUCGAUUGCCGAAACACGAUGGUUACGACCGCACAGGAGAUUUUACGACCCGUACGAAAAUCACGCAGGACCUGGAACGCAUCAUCAACGAUGGGCUGUACAACUACGAGGAGGAUCUACUAACGAAUAAAAGUGAUGGACGGCGAUCUGGGGGCUACCAUAACUACCGAACGGUGAACCUAAUUACGCAGGAAGAAUACGAUAAGAUCGUAACGAAGCCACCAAAGCUGGCAAUUCCGGAAGUACCGCUGCCCUCUUUGCCGGUGCCACCGAGUGUGACGAUUCAAUCGCCUCCUCCACCCACUCCGACGCCACCAUCAACGCUCGAUGAUAGCACCUUGGUAGUUGACGAGCACUCGCUGCUGGAUGCAAGUGGUCUAAAUAUGAGCGCCACUUCAACCGGCAACCGUCACAAGGCACGCUUCUACGCCGUUAAUAAGGACGAGUUUGUCGACCCUAUCACACCGCGCAAACGUAAAACGCGACAUCUCACCAAUCCUCCCGUGGAAAGUCACGUCGGUUGGGUGCUGGAUGCGGUUGAGCAUCGACCUCGCACGACCAGCAUUGGCAGCUCGGCCGGCACAAGUCCGACGGCCUCAAGCUACGGCUCAUUGCCGCAUAGUUUACCAGUCUUUCAGCAUCCGUCCCACGCGCUGCUGAAGGAAAAUGGCUUCACGCAGCAAGUUUAUCACAAGUACCAUAGCCGGUGUCUGAAAGAGCGCAAGCGGAUGGGUCCUGGCCAGUCGCAGGAGAUGAACACACUGUUCCGGUUCUGGUCGUUCUUUUUGCGAGAGAACUUCAACAAGAACAUGUAUAACGAAUUCCGGCAGCUAGCCAUUGAGGAUGCGGCGGAAGGCUUCCGUUAUGGACUGGAAUGUUUGUUCAGAUUUUAUUCGUACGGUUUGGAGAAGAAAUUCCGAACGCAACUGUACGAAGAUUUCCAACAGGAGACCGUGUCGGAUUACGAGAAUGGUCAGUUAUACGGACUGGAGAAAUUUUGGGCCUUCCAAAAGUACUAUAAAAACGCUUCCAAGCUUUCGAUAAGUCCCAGACUUAAGGAAUACCUAGACAAAUUCAAGUCGAUUGAAGAUUUCCGUGUGCUGGAACCGCAGAUAAAUGAAAUGCUUGAAGGAGUUGGUAACUUGAAGCCUUGUCAAACGAAACGCCGCCCUCGUAGUGUGUCCGAAAGUGAGGGCGUCGCUGUGGUGGUGGGUUCCGCUCCGGGACCUUCUCACGCUGGAGGUCAUCCGUACCAAGCCGGUGGAAGUCGUCGUGGUGGUGGUGGAGGAGGAGGAGGUGGUAGCAGUGGCAGUGGAGCGGGUUCGUCGAGUCACAGUAAUACUGGCCAUUACACAACCCGUAAUCGGUGCGAUUCAACGGGAAAUAAAACAGUGGAAAGUUCUAACAGGCUUCGCACCCGUGCAGGUUCGUUCGGUGAUUCAACACAGGUAAUGCGCCGCAGGAGUGGAUCGGCUGGUAAUCGUGUGGUGCGUACGUUUAACAACCCAGGUAGCCAUCGGUCUGUUGCCUUUCUUACCCGUUCUUCGAUGCAACCAUCCACGUCAAGUGGAACGGGUAGCAACAGUAACAUCAGUAAACAUCUGCAGCAGCAACCACAGUAUGCUGCAGGUACCAACAAAAUGAAACCGUAUAAAUCAGUGCAAAUUAAUUACAACGCAACCAGUGGAAGCGGAAGUGGUGACAACAGUGCAGGACCUUCGACAGAAACUGCAAGCAGCGGUAACAGCAAAUCCAACGACAGCAACAAUCAUAACUAA